GCACUUGCUAAUUGUUAUUAGAGCUAUAGCUGUCUAGCCUACAGCAGGAGCAAGAUUCCUGAAAACUCACCAAUUUCUCUCCUCCUCCGGGUCUUUUCAGGACUACCGUCCAGGAUAGACGUGAGUAUUUCGACGUUAAAAGUUGCAUUUUCCCGUUCUUUACGUAUGUCUGGAUUCAUGGCUGACUUGUUUAGGCUAACACUGCCGAAGGUGAACGUAUCAUGCAGUUAAUGAUCUACGCGUACAGUACAUAAGUGUAUCCUACAACGUCGCAACCUUAGGCCUGGCUGUACGAUGAAAAAACUGUACCCACUUCCUUGCUGACCCAAGAGGGCGGGUUCAAAAAUCACAUGAUAUAGUAUUGACGCUACUAGUGCCGCCAUCAUUUAAGUUCCUGUAAAGUGAAGGAACAAAAAUAAUCCAGCACUCGUUUGCCACUUUUGACCUGCCUGCUGAGAGAUGCUGCCUGCUGCUGCAAUCUUUCGUUUCCCUUGGGAGAUCCAGUCUGGUGCAGUAAAAGAAGGAGAUUCAGUACGAACAUUUGGCAGGUUGGUAUGUUACCAACCAGAAGAAUCAAAGGCAACGCUAUCGGCUCAGCAUGGCUCAAAACAGCACCAUCUUGUUGUCCAAACUACAUUUGUGGAGCCCUUCGACUCCAUAAUUGGAGCUCAGUACAUAGUUCUCGGAGAAAUAGAAAACGCAGAGGAUGGUGUCGUUAUGGUUCGGGCCCGUGUUCUGAACUGUGUUGACGGGGUGAACCUUGCCCUUCUACAGAGGGCCAUAGACGUACAGAGGACCUACUUCACAGAAAGAAGGGACAAUGAAUCUAAUGCUCACACAAAUGCUCCACCCUGAUCUGAGCCGCAUCCACGGAUAGGAAAACAGACUGUACAUCUUGGUGGCUUCACCAUAGUGACUUGGCUCUCUGUUACUUAAAACUGAUGGGCGGAUAGUCUUUUUUGUGUGACAUCAAGUGUUAUCCUUGUAUUAUACAAUAACAUUUACGAAAUGAAUGUUACAUGGUAAUGUUUUUAAAUAACAUCCGUCAAAGAGCUAUGGAGUGAACGUGUAUUUGAGGUGAUGUUAAGAGGCAAAGUUAAAGUAAUUAUAUUGGUCUCCUAUCAUGCAUAAUAAACAAUAUGGCUGUUGAUUUUGAAUUUCAGAUGCUUAAAGUGUGUUUUGUAAAGACCUCAAAAUACAAGCACAUUGUUCAGAUAAACAGCAGGACCAUACCAGUAUUUGUCAUUCGAUAUCAGUUCAGGAACCACACUCUCUUCCUCCUGAACCAUUCACAGUGGGUUUACUGAAUGUUGGAACUGGAACACGAAGUGGGUCAUGAGGGAUCGCUUUACUGUCAUAGAUCGUAGAGGAGUGAUAAGUGAUAUGAAUUUCAUGUUCUCAGGAAUAACAAUUUUCCUUGUCAUGUGGCAUUUUAGUCUAAGAUGUAAAUGUUGUUUUUUCCUCUUGUAUUAUUAUGUACCACAUUAUACAUGGAAAACCCACACACAAUGUGAUUUUAUUGAACCUUUAAUAUAUAUUAUUGAUACAGUGUCAAACAAGGCUUGAGUUUAAAGUGAACAUCGUGGGAAAGCCCUAGACCAUAUUACGAUACAGACAAACAAAUUAGGUUAAUAAGGUUAAUAGCAUUGCACCAUGGCCCAAUAU